UAAAAUCGGUAACACAAUUCUGAGUAGUGACGGGACUUGACAUUAAACACGACAACGCAGCGGUGUCUGUAGAAUCUUGGGAUGGCCUCCGGAUGGUUCGGAAAACACAAAGCGGAAAGUCGCCAAGCAAAAAGUCUCGUAAAAGCGAUCCCGAUGCCGCCGCAAACAGUGAUGUGAUGUUCUCAUCGUAUCGUACCACAUCUGUACACAAACGUAACCUCUGCAUAGUUUCAUUCCCGAUCAUAUUCCUGUUCAACAUUCUUCGUUCGUUGCUUUAUCAGUUUUAUGUUGUUCUCCGUUUCAUUUACUGUAGAUCGUCUAAGUAUUUUGUGAAACAAAAACGCCUCGAUUGUGAAGAGAAUGGUGCUGCGCUUGUUCAAGAAGAAGUUGGUGUUGUAGCUGAAAUGGCCCAGUCGCACAGAAGUUCAGGCCCCGGCCCAGGUGACCCGCUCCUGGCCAAACAAAAACAUCAUCACAGAAGAGCCUUCGAGUAUAUAUCCAAGGCGUUGAAGAUUGAUGAAGAAAAUGAAGGCCAAAAGGAUCUCGCUAUCGAAUUGUACCGCAAAGGUAUCACGGAAUUGGAAUUGGGUAUCGCCGUCCAAUGUUGGGGAGGCCGCGGUGAAGUUUGGGAGCGGGCGCAACGCCUGCAUGAAAAAAUGAAGACAAAUCUUGCCAUGGCUAAAGAUAGACUCCAGUUUCUAGAAAGCAUGGAAAGUUUACAGCGUAUGGGUAUAGAAAGUGACAAAAAGGAAGUUCCUAAUCAAAAAUAUGGUAGCAAUAUUCCCAGACCUAAAGCUAGUAGUCCUAAGUCAGCCAGCGGUAAGAAGCUGACAGUCGCAACCAAACGUCCGGCUAAUAACGUGAUGUCUAAGAGCCAGACACUACCACGUUCUAUGGGAUCGAGAACCACACCUGUUCAGCCAGUUAGACCAUUCAACAAGGUGUCGUCCACACCACCAGCAGUAAAAAAACAGCUCUCUGUUCCCGGAAACCAGGGCAUCGGUUCUCCCGCCCGCAAGGGACUUGGUGGUUCUGCUAGCGCCACAGGACUGACUAAAGGUGGUGUAAACGUGCGAGGAAAAUCUCCGAGUCUACGCGGCGUUGACCCGAAGCUAGCGCAGAACAUCCUGGACGAAAUUGUUGAAGGUGGCCAGGCGAUCCAGUGGGACGAUAUCGUUGGACAAGAAUCGGCCAAACAGGCUCUUCAGGAAAUGGUCAUAUUGCCAUCAUUACGCCCGGAGUUGUUUACCGGAUUAAGAACUCCAGCACGCGGUCUUUUGCUGUUUGGGCCACCUGGCAACGGAAAAACGUUACUGGCUCGCGCCGUAGCAACCGAGUGCCAGGCAACGUUUUUCUCAAUUAGUGCAGCCAGUUUGACGUCGAAGUAUGUAGGUGACGGCGAAAAAAUGGUUCGUGCAUUGUUCGCCAUCGCCCGGGUGCUUCAACCGUCAAUCAUCUUUAUCGAUGAAGUGGACUCUCUGUUGUCCGAACGGACGACAAACGAACACGAGGCUUCUCGCCGUCUUAAGACCGAGUUUCUCGUCGAGUUCGACGGUCUACCCUCCAAUCCAGACAGCGAAAGAGUUCUGGUAAUGGCGGCUACAAAUCGUCCCCAGGAAUUGGAUGAAGCGGCAUUACGUAGAUUUCCAAAGCGGGUGUACGUAACUCUUCCUGACGUUGACACUAGAGCCGAACUGCUCAAAAAACUGCUAGCUAAACAAGGCUGUAGCCUACAGCCAGCUGAGCUAAAACGACUGGCGAAGUUAACUGAAGGCUACUCGGGCAGCGAUCUGACAGCUUUAGCCAAAGACGCAGCCCUUGGUCCCAUUAGAGAAUUGCAGCCAGAACAAGUGAAACAAAUGGACCCGAAUGCCAUUCGAGGCAUCACCAUAAAUGACUUUCUUGACUCUCUUAAGUGUAUUAGGCGAAGCGUUUCGCCGCAGAGUCUGGUUGCGUACGAGAAAUGGUCACUGCAAUUUGGUGACGUUUCACUGUAGUCUGAGAAACCACUUUAAUCGAUAUUAUCCGGUUGAAUUCCCCUAACAUUCCGUGACAUUUUUAUUUGACAUCAACCUAUUAUACUCACUUAAACAGUUCCCGCAUUACCAUUAUAACUGUUAACCGUUCAUUUUUUUGUUUAUUUUCAUUCUUUUGACAACAGUUAAAGUUCGAUGCGGAACUGGUCACACUCUACCACUGAUCACACAAAGUCAUAAAAAUUGUUGUAAUUGUUUUAUCUGUGAUAAGUAAUUUUAAAUGAUUAAAAUUAGAUUAUCGUUUAAUUAUUUUACUAUUAGAAUAUUGACAUUUAUUUAAAUUUUUUAAUUUAACAAUUAGUGAGCGUCUCAUUAGGUUUUGUUGUUUUAAUUGUUUAAAUUGACCCCCUUUAAUCGUUUAAAAUUCAUUAUCUCCUGUUGCUGAUCUGCACAUAGUAUGCCAGUUUGGAUUCUAUUGAUCCAUUUGUUGGUAACACAAAUGAAGAGUUACUUAUGAUUUUCCACGACAAACCAAAUUAAAGAAGUACAAAUUUAAUUGUUUAAUUGGUCUUGGAACCUGCCAUUUCACAUAGUAACGAUUUAUUUAAAAAACUUAUAAUGGGGUUUAAGAUUUAUGAACAUCUCUAGAGAUUAGGUAGAAUUUAAAUAUAGUAUUUAUUAGAAUUGUGAUGUUUGUUUAUAUUUUUUUGUUUUGUAAGCACUUGAUAAUUUAUUAAUUUAUUUUAAAUAUUUUGUUAUUGUUCUUAUAUAUUUGGACCAACACAAGGCGUCUAAAUUCGCUGACUUAUUGCUUUUCUAAUGUUUGUAUUUUAAUUGGUACAAUAAAACUUUUUUAAUUAAA